UGAGUGUUUUCUUUAAAUUCCUGCAGAGUUGCUGCCCCUUUCUUGAACUACGAGUCCUGCAAUCUUUUUCAUUCUCAGUAUGAGUAGAGCUUUUUGAGCUUUAAAUCUAAGGGGAACUCAACAGGCCUCGUUGGCAUAUGCAAUGAAACCAUCUUGCUGUGGAAGCAAAAUUAAUUUUUUUCUACCUUUGUGAAAGAUCUUUCCUUUUGAUGCCAGUUUUCUUCCUUAUUUAUACAAGUUCAACAAUUCAGAAGGAGAAGGCAAUAGUAAGGGUUUCAAAAUGGCAGAGAAAUUUGAAAGUCUCAUGAACAUUCAUGGUUUUGAUCUGGGCUCUAGGUAUAUGGACUUAAAACCAUUGGGUUGUGGAGGCAAUGGCUUGGUUUUUUCUGCUGUAGACAAUGACUGUGACAAAAGAGUAGCCAUCAAGAAAAUUGUCCUUACUGAUCCCCAGAGUGUCAAACAUGCCCUACGUGAAAUCAAAAUUAUUGGAAGACUUGACCAUGAUAACAUUGUGAAGGUGUUUGAAAUUCUUGGUCCUAGUGGAAGCCAAUUAACAGAUGAUUGGGGUCUUACCGAACUGAACAGUGUUUACAUUGUUCAGGAGUACAUGGAGACAGACUUGGCUAAUGUGCUGGAGCAGGGCCCGUUACUGGAAGAGCAUGCCAGGCUUUUCAUGUAUCAGCUGCUACGUGGGCUCAAAUAUAUUCACUCAGCAAAUGUACUGCACAGAGAUCUCAAACCAGCUAAUCUUUUCAUUAAUACUGAAGACUUGGUGCUGAAGAGGCGGAUAGGUGACUUUGGUCUUGCACGGAUCAUGGAUCCCCAUUAUUCCCAUAAGGGCCAUCUUUCUGAAGGACUGGUUACUAAAUGGUACAGAUCUCCAGGUCUUUUACUUUCUCCUAAUAAUUAUACUAAAGCCAUUGACAUGUAGGCUGCAGGCUGCAUCUUUGCUGAAGUACUGACUGGUAAAACUCUCUUUGCAGGUGCCCAUGAACUUGAACAGAUGCAGCUGAUUUUAGAAUCUAUUCCUGUCGUACAUGAGGAAGGUCGUCAGGAGCUGCUCAGCGUAAUUCCAGUUUACAUUAGAAAUGACAUGACUGAGCCACACAAACCUUUAACUCAGCUGCUUCCGGGAAUUAGUCGAGAAGCACUGGAUUUCCUGGGACAAACUUUGACAUUUAGCCCCAUGGAUCGGUUGACAGCAGAAGAAGCGCUUUCCCAUCCUUACAUGAGCAUUUAUUCUUUUCCAAUGGAUAUGCCAAUUUCAAGUCAACCUUUUCAUAUUGAAGAUGAAGUUGAGGAUAUUUUGCUUAUGGAUGAAACUCAUAGUCACAUUUAUAACUGGGAAAGGUACCAUGAUUGUCAAUUUUCAGACCAUGAUUGGCCUAUACAUAACAACUUUGAUAUUGAUGAAGUUCAGCUUGACCCAAGAGCUCUGUGCCAUGUCACUGAUGAAGAAGAAGUACAAGUCGAUCCUUGAAAAUAUUUGGAUGGAGAUCGUGAAAAGUAUUUGAAGGAUCCUGCUUUUGACACCAGUUACUCUACUGAGCCUUGUUGGCAAUACUCAGAUCAUCAUGAAAACAAAUAUUGUGAUCUGGAGUGUAGCCAUACUUGUAACUACAAAACGAGGUCAUCAUCGUAUUUAGAUAACUUAGAUUGGAGAGAGGGUGAAGUUAAUCAUUACUGUGAACCCAAGCUUAUUAUAGAUCUUUCCAAUUGGAAAGAACAAAGCAAAGAAAAAUCUGAUAAGAAAGGCAAGUCAAAAUGUGAAAGGAAUGGAUUGGUUAAAGCCCAGAUAGCUCUAGAGGAAGCAUCACAGCAACUGGCUGAAAAAGAAAGGGAAAAGAAUCAGGGAUUUGACUUUGAUUCCUUUAUUGCAGGAACUAUUCAACUUAGUUCACAACAUGAGCCUACUGAUGUUGUUGACAAAUUAAAUGACUUGAAUAGCUCAGUGUCCCAACGAGAAUUGAAAAGUUUGAUAUCAAAGUCAGUAAGCCGAGAAAAGCAGGAGAAAGUAAUGGCCAAUUUGGCUCAAUUAGAUGCCUUG